AUGGUACAGAUGGUAAACAUGGAGAAAAGCGUGGGUUCUCUGCAGGAACAGGCCCUGAAAAGAAAAGAGAGACUAAAAGCCCUGCGGAGUAAACAGCUUCACGGACAGGAGCAAGACGACGACGAGCCUGAAAACAAAAGGGCAGCGUUGGAAGAAAAUACAGAAGAUAAGCACAAAGAACUUAAACUGAGGAACUACACACCUGAGGAUGAAGAGCUGAAAGACCGACAGAUUCCAAAAGCCAAACCUGCCUCCGUGGAAGACAAAGUAAAAGAUCAAUUAGAGGCUGCAAAUCCUGAGCCCAUUAUUGAAGAAGUAGAUCUGGCCAACCUCGCCCCAAGAAAACCAGACUGGGAUCUCAAGCGUGACGUAGCCAAAAAACUGGAGAAGUUGGAGAGGAGGACGCAGAGAGCAAUUGCUGAACUUAUACGUGACCGUCUGCGAGGCAGUGAAGAGGAGCUGGCAGCAGUCGUAGGAGCAGCACGAGAAGACGAGGGGGACUCAGACUGA